UUUCAAGAGUAAAUCAAAUUUAGUUAAGAAAUAAAAAAACGAGUUAACGAAUUGUCCAUUUUCUCUCUCUUCAAAUUGGGGGUUGUUUGGACAAAGCUGAUCGAGUUGAGAUGAAUCAGAGCGCAAUAACAAGAACCCCAACCACAUCACUAUCCACAAUUCUCUCUCGUCAACUUCUUUUACUCAUCAUCGCCGGAAUCCUUUUCCCGGCGCCGGCAACCAGCAUCCGGUUACCGGAUUCAACGUCGGAUCAGCCCUUGAGUACCGCCGUCUUUGCUCUCGGAAGUUUCUGGAGAUCCGAGCCUGUUUUCGGUUGCUUUAACGGCGUUGUUCGCACCACUGUUGGUUAUUCCGGUGGCUCUAAGCUUAAUCCUGAGUACCGAAGUUUGUCCGAUCAUGCUGAAUCUGUUCAGAUUGAGUAUGAUCCCAGAGUUAUAAGCUUCCGGCAACUUUUGGAGGUCUUCUGGUCAAGUCAUGAUUCAAGGCAGGUAUUCGGACAAGGCCCUGACGUUGGUAACCAGUACAGGUCUAUCAUCUUCACUAAUGGUACGAGUGAGUCCAGAUUGGCCGCUGCCACCAAGGAAAGGGAGCAGACUAAAUCAAAGAGCAGUAUAGUGACUACCCAAAUUCAACCCUUGGGGACUUUUUAUCCUGCUGAACCUGAGCAUCAGAAAUUUGAGCUCAAAAGAAACCCUUUUCUCCUUCACUUGAUUGGGAACUUGCCAGAAGAAGAGCUUCAGCAAUCAACCUUGGCAUCGAAAAUGAACAGUUAUGCAGCCGAACUUUGCCCUCAACGGAUUCAGAAGCAAAUCGAUGCCAAGAUUAAUGACAUAAUCAGGAAAGGUUGGCCUGUUUUGAGGGAAAUCUAGUACAGACAGAACCAAGGUGCCACAACAAAACAGGGUUUUUUCAAGCCCCAUUGAUUUUGACAGGUUAAUAGCAGUUCCGAAUCGAGCAUCGGUUAAAUAUUACUAUUGAUUGGAGCAAAUUACCAAAUUUAGGAGGCUUCUUGCUGAAAUGUGUUGUAGAAUGAGCAUUUUUUUGGGUGCAUGUAUCUCUAUUGUCAAAUGUAUUCUUAGUGGUGUACAGUAAUGCUGUAUGCCUGUAUGUACCUGAUUGUUGUAAUUCUUCAGAAAUCAGGAUAUGAUAUGAUAAUAUACAGUAGCACUAAUGGCCGUGGCAAGCUAUGAACAUUUUUGGAAUGAACAUUAAUUCUCUGGGUGUAAAAACCUUGAUAUGGUAGUUUAGGUAAGAUGUUGAUUAAUCAUUAUUUUUAACCCAUUAAAUACAUUGAAGUAUAUUA